UUCCUUAAUUUCACACCCAUUUGUGUCGACACACAAACCAGAUUUAAUUCUUGUGCGGCUCGGCUCGAGACGUUCGACAACGCGUCUUGGACGUGAAAGUCUUUGGAUAUCCGGGCAGAUCGUAUUUAUGCUGCUGGUUAUCUGUUGAAGGAGCUUUUUGUGGCGCAAUGGAGGACAACAGAUUUAUUCCUUUGUGCCUCGGCCUGCUUUUUCUUUUCCUUUUCCUCCGCCCCGUCAACGGAGACGUCAGCUACUCGAUCCCAGAGGAGCUGAAACGUGGAUCUGUCAUCGGCAAUAUUGCCACGGAUUUGGGACUAAAUCUGGGCCGGUUAUCUGCUCGGAAAGCGCGCAUUGAUCCAGAGGAUGACAACGUCCACCACUGCGGCAUCAACCUCAACACCGGGGACUUGAUCGUUCGGGAGAGGAUCGACAGGGAAGGUCUUUGUGGCAAAAAGGCGUCGUGUGUUUUGAAGCAGGAACUUGUGCUGGAGAACCCGUUGGAACUACAUCAGAUUAGUAUCCGUGUAUUAGAUGUCAAUGAUAAUUCUCCACAGUUUAACGAAGACUCGCUCAAAUUAGAAAUUCGUGAAUCAGCUGUUAAGGGUGCUCUUUUUCUUCUUGGAGAAGCACACGAUGAAGACAUUGGAGAAAAUGCUGUUCAAACCUACACUUUGAAGCAGAAUUCUCAUUUUAAGUUAAAUGUAAAUAUUAAACCAGGUGGACGAAAGUACUGUGAACUGGUCUUGGACAAAGAAUUAGACAGAGAAGAUAAAAAAGACAUGAUGCUGUUGCUGACUGCAUUCGAUGGCGGCUCUCCUCCGAGAUCAGGAACAGUCGGCAUCCACGUCAUCGUGCUGGAUGCCAACGACAAUGCACCAGUUUUCAGUCAGGCCGUUUAUAAAGUCACUAUACCUGAAAACUCUCCUCCAGGUGUUUUGGUAACCACAGUCAGUGCCAGUGAUGCAGAUGAAGGAAUAAAUAGCGAAAUCACAUUUGCAUUUGACCGCACCUCUGAUAGUAGAAGCAAUAUUUUUACUUUGAACCCCAAAACAGGAGAAGUGAGAGUAGCUGGUGUCGUUGAUUACGAGAAAGUCUCAUCAUAUGAAAUGCAAAUCAGUGCUAAAGAUGGUCUUGGCUUAGUUUCUUAUUCCACUUUAAUCAUUGAUGUUACUGAUGUGAAUGACAACGCCCCAGUUAUAAGCAUAAAGUCGCUGACUGAACCGGUGGCAGAGGACGCGCCCCCUGGCACCGAGGUGGGCGUCAUCCACGUGCAGGACCGAGACUCGGAGCAGAACGGACAGGUCCGCUGCUCCAUCCAACAAGACGUCCCCUUCAAGUUAGUUCCUUCCAUCAAGAACUAUUAUUCUCUGGUGACGAGCGGAGAGCUGGACCGUGAACUCGUGUCGCAUUACAACAUCACAAUUGACGCCAGCGACCGGGGCUCGCCUCCUCUGUCCUCCCGCAAAAGUCUGGGCCUGUCGGUGGCCGACGUCAACGACAACCCGCCCGUGUUCCAGCGAGAGUCCUACAGCGCCUACGUCAGCGAAAAUAACAAAGCCGGCUCGGCCUUGUGUCGGGUAAGCGCUCGAGACCCCGACUGGAGGCAGAACGGCACGGUGAUUUAUUCUCUGCUGGCGGGCGCGGAGGUGAACGGCGUCCCGGCGUCCUCCUACGUCGCGGUGGACGGAGACACGGGGGAGGUCCGCGCCGUGGGCUCCUUGGAUUACGAAGACUUGAGGAGUUUCCGAGUCCAGGUGGUGGCCAGAGACAAGGGUUCUCCUCCGCUGAGCAGCAACGUGAGCGUCAGCGUGUGGAUACGGGACGUGAACGACAACUCUCCUCAGAUUCUGUACCCCGCCCCGGACGGCGACUCCUCGGUGACCGAGCUGGUCCCCAAAGCCGCCCAGGGGGGCUCGCUGGUGUCCAAAGUCAUCGCGGUGGACGCCGACUCCGGACAGAACGCCCGGCUGUCCUAUCAUAUCGUCAAGUCCACGGAUCCGGGACUUUUCACGGUGGGGCUCCACAGCGGAGAGAUCAGGACCCGGCGGGACAUUUCCGAAUCUGACGGCAUGAGACAGAACCUGAUGGUGGCGGUGAAAGAUAACGGGCAGCCCCCUCUCUCCGCCACCUGCUCGGUGUAUUUCCUCCUUUCCGACAACUUGUCCGAGCUGCCGCCGGAACUGAAGGACGUUUCUUCCCAGGAGCGUGAGAAGAAUUCCAAAGUCACCUUUUAUCUGCUGGUGGCGCUGGUGUCGGUGUCCACCUUCUUUCUGACCUUCAUGGUGGCGGUCCUGGCCGUGAGCUUUUGUCGCAGGAGAAAGCCCCGACUGUUGUUGGACGGAGCGCUCGCCGUCCCCGGCGCGUAUCUCCCUCCUAAUUACGCAGAUGUGGACGGCACGGCCACUUUACGCAGCGCCUACAACUACGACGCCUACUUGACGACGGGCUCCAGGACCAGCGACUUCAACUUUGUGCGUUCCUACGACGACGACACGCUGCCCGCUGCCCAGACGCCCGCCAAGAGUCUCGGUGACUUUGAUGAGAUGUUUGGAGAUGCUGAAGGUCCUCCUGAGGUACAAUCUUCAGUCCAAUUUCAUUUUGCCUCUGCCGGUUUCCAUAAAGUUUUCAUCCUUGAUGCUGAUGAUGUUGCUGGAGUGUCUCCCACUUGUUUGUGGCUUAAUGGCUGACUUCCUUCCUGGUUGAUUUUGGACUUUACAUACAGCUCACUUUCCCUCAAAAUGGUCAACACAAUAUUUCAAUCCACCAUUUUUUUCCCCCACAAAUAUUAACAUGACUGCAUCAUGUCACCCAAUCAGACUCAUUGCAUUUUGGUACUGUAGAUUUCCUUUUUUUUCCUGGUGAUGCAAUUCUUUUAUUUUCUCAAGUUAGUAUAUUUGCAAUGAGAAAAAAAAUCUAUUUUGAGCAACAUCAGUCUGCAAUGGUGAAUAGACUUUUUUUUUUUUAUUGUCCAUGAAUACAGACACAUGUGGUCUUUAAUGGCAAAUGUAAUUGUCACAAUAAUCUUCAUUUUUUUUUUGUAAGAUUCCGCAAGUCGUCAAUAUAAAGUUCUUCAAGGAUUCUCCGUAGUGGCUAAUAUCAAUUAGUUUUUGUCUUAGAUGAUUUCAACUUAAUGUUUUUCCUCUGUUGGCUAUUUUGCUUUGUUCGUAGUCGUAAACGUGGAGCCAUCGUGUUUAACAUCGUGUACCAAAGUGCAAGCUUAUUUCAAACAGACUUCAGCUGUAUUUUGCUUCUGUGUUGUGUUCUUUCGUCCUUCAUCAGUCGUUUGGUGGCUCCUCCUGACAGAUCGGGCACGAUCGGUUUGAGAACCGGCAGCAUUUGACAACAAAAAGAACAGUUUUAUACGUUGGCUGCAAAAGUGUUGCAAAUGAAUGAAUGAAUGAAUGCCAAUUAUUGUCAUUAUACAACUGUCCAACGAAAUGGGAAAGCCUCGCCUCUGUCAA